AUGAGAGCUACCAUUGACUCCCUUGAGUCUAGAAUAGCGGUGUGUGAGCGUGACCAAGGGGCCACAAAUGAGGUGACAGCAUUAAAGUCCGCCAUUAUUGCUCUGAAGACUGAUGUGGAAAAGUUGAAGGCCACUGAUAUGUCCAUGGUCUUUGGAAUGUUGGAGAUCACCAGAAGUGAGGAUAGAGUUGAGCAGACAGCUGAGCCUGAGUCGGAGGCAGAGACAGACGAGGAAAUGCACGAGGAAACUGUGGAUGGUGCAAAUGAUGACCUGACAAAGACUGAAGCAAUUAUGAUAGAUAUGGUUGUACAAGCUUCCAUGGCAAACACCCAUUGUUGUCUCUAG